AUGGAGCCUGGUGAUGAUCCCUACCGCCACGAAGCUAAGAGGCAGCGAUUGGACAAAUCUCCAAGCUCUCGUACCAGUUCAUUCAUUGGAAGAACCGAAGAGCCUGAUAAUCUGAGUCCAGCGGCACAAGAGCAUGUCCCUCCACUGUUCACAGGCCAACUGCCCGUCUCUACAGGAAUACUGCCCGCAUGGCCGUCCACAUGGCUGCCAGCUCAGUAUCCCAUCAGCCUCAAUUUUGGAUACCAACCCAUUUUCCCAAUAGCUGCCAACUUUCACGCACAACAUAAUCACAUGAUAAACCAAUCCUAUGGGAUGGUCGGCCCCAAUGGAGUUGCUUCGUAUGAUAUGCAGUUUGCUGCCAAUGGAUAUCCAUGCGGGCCCCCAAAUUCCGUCUUUUGGGCUAAUCCACUAUCACAAGUCCCUAUCGACUCUCUUGUGCCGUCGAACACCUAUCAGCUCAACGGUCAAUUGCUCCAUGCUGAGUCUCUAGCGUUGAUUCAGCCAGCUGGCGAACUACAUCCCACAAGCUCGUACCAGGCCUCCCUCAUCUCGGAGCAGUCUUCGGUGUCGCCUUCAUCAGCCACUUGUAUAGACAUUACGGUAGAGUCUGAUGAGGUUGAAGAACCGCAGUCCAACACAAACCAAGAGACUUUAGUUUGUUUUGGCAUGAUCUCGGGUGUUUCUGGGAGAUGCGAAAACCGAGCUUCGGAAAAAACUCCACCAGUGUAUGAAGUCCAAAUAAAUUCGUCCGCAAGUUUCAGCGCAAUAGACGAUCCACGUAUGAAAGGAAUAAUUCUAUCGGACCAUGGACAGAUGAUCCAGGGCCUUCUCGAUGAGCCGACCAUAAAUCUCCAUGCCUCUUGCACUCCGCAUAGUGAGCCUUCAGCGCGAAAAAUUUCCAAGGGUUCUGCACAGCUAUCUUGCGUGUUAGACAUUACUGUAUACGGCCCCUGGGAGCUAUUUGAACAAAUCGGUAUAUGGUUUCAAGAGUAUGGGGUGUAUCUCCAGGAUCCCCGAGUGUGUCAUAGAGACGUCAAAUACUGCAACCCUCACCGAUUGUCAUCAGAGGCCUUUGAGUCGUGUCUCUUGCUUUCUCAAGUUGUCUCUCAUACAGGCAUAUCAUCUUGCCUUCAGGACAUCACAGAAGGACCAGAGUUGCUAGACAUGUUGAGCAGCAACGUCGACCUAGAGGAGACUCCACAACCAAAGGCAAUACGCGCAAUCCUUCAAAGUCACCAGAAGAAAGCAUUGACAUUCCUACUUCGCCGUGAGAAAGGUUGGGCUUUCGAUGAUCAUCAGUCAGAUAUUUGGGAAAAGGCAGACACGAACCAGGGACGAUUAGUUUCAAAUACUCACCAGUCUGAAGAACCUCCGCAGUUUUAUGGGGGCAUCAUCGCCGACCCAAUGGGUCUCGGAAAGACCUUGACUAUGAUCUCUUUAGCAGCAACAGACUUAGACAACAAUGCUGUCCCGACUACUCUCGUAAUUGUACCUCCGCCACUUCUUGGCACCUGGGAAGAACAACUGGCAGAGCACGUUGUAGAGGGCAGCAUAGUAUGGCGUUGCCACCAUGGCAAAAACAGAUUUGUUGACAAGAGCGAGCUUGAUGGUGUAAACGUCGUUUUGACCACUUAUCACACUGUUUCCGCCGAGUGGAAGACCGGGUAUUCCAUUCUCUUUUCAGUUCGCUGGAGAAGAAUUGUUUUGGACGAAGCACAUUAUAUCCGAAAUGGGAACUCGAGGAUGGCUCAUUCAAUAUGCGCGCUUGACUCUGUCGCCCGGUGGGCUGUCACUGGUACACCGAUCCAGAACCGUCUGGCUGAUCUUGCGACUCUCCUCAGAUUCAUCAGAGCUCAUCCUUAUACUGAUCCAAGGGCGUUUGAUACUGAUAUAUCUCGCUUCUGGAAAUCUGGAAAGGACGAGGAAGCCGUAAGGCGAUUGAAACACCUUUCAACGUGUCUUCUGCUUCGCAGGCCCAAAGCCACGAUUAAUCUUCCCCAACGAAGAGAUGUGCGAUGCCCUGUUGACUUUAGCCGCGAGGAAAGAACACUAUAUGACGAGAUACGUGAGCAAGCGGUUAGUAAAAUCGAGGAGCGGAUUGAAUCACUGCGACUUGUCUGUGACUUGGGCCUCUAUUAUCACUCAAGGCACCAAAAUCUCCAGAACCUGAUGGCUGAAGCUAGUGACUGGGCCAGUGUUGCGCAGGAGACGUUCAAUGUUCAACGAGGAAUGGGUCCAAUGGUCUGCGCGCAAUGCUCAUCAACUCUGGAACUGACCGAGACGCUCUUUGAUGAUUCGGCCUCAGCACACACAAGUCCAGAAUUUUCCCGUUGUUUGAAAUAUGUUUGUGGAGAUUGCAUACACAAAUUGGGCCGGGCUAAUCACAUAGCCCUCUGCCGCCACAAGCCUUCAUGUCCAACAGCGCCAGUGUCCAUAAGCACAAGCGUCUUUGAAGAUGUCUCCAGUCUUAUUUCACCACAAAUAAAGAAUCUCUCCACUGGGAUUCCAUCCAAGGUGAAAGCUCUGAUUACUGAUAUCAAGUCACUCCCUCCAGACACUAAAUGCGUUGUAUUUUCGACGUGGAGGUUAACUCUUGACGUUAUCGAAGCUGGCCUGGAUCAAGCGUCGAUUCCCAGUAUCCGCUUCGACGGCAAGGUGCCUCAAAAGGAUCGGCAAUCCGUCAUAGAGAGGUUCAAGACAGAUCCAAAUCUCCGUGUCAUGUUACUCACCCUCUCGUGUGGUGCAGUGGGCCUUACGCUCACGGUAGCAUCGCGAGCAUAUCUCAUGGAGCCACACUGGAAUCCAACUCUCGAAGAGCAAGCUCUGGCUCGAAUUCACCGAAUCGGCCAGAUGCAGGAAGUGACGACCGUGCGCUUUUAUAUGCGGGAUUCCUUCGAAGAGCAAGUCAUAGAACUGCAAGAGUCAAAGAAGAAUCUUGCUGGGGUCCUGCUCUCUCCUCAUGAUGGAGGGCGCAUGGACGACAGUUUGGGGACGCUGCAGGUAAGUGAUCUUUAUGUCACAUUGGUAAGGAAUGUCGCGUCUGAUGCGUCUGUAGCGGUUGCGUGUAUUGCUUUAGUCACAAACAUAUGGGGCGCGCUGAUCAAAAUUGUCAAUAUGUUGCUGCCAAGGACACAUCGUGAGCUUGAGCUCAUCGCUCAGAUCAAGUGA